UCGUUAAGCGCGUACGAAUCGGUUGGGCCAAUAAAGACGAACAAAAGUAGAAACGUGAAACGCGAGUGUCCAUCGAUCGUCACGAUCGUUCGAUAGAUCACCGUACGGAGGCAUUCGAUUCGCAAAUUCCCAGAGGAUUUAGCAACGUUCGGCUGGUGGUUACCAACGAUCACAUAGCGUUACGAGCGGUGAUUUUCCGCCGGGGCCAUACAUCAACGUGAUAUUUUCCAACGGAAUUCCCUGGUGAAUUCCAAGUGAAUUAUAAGGAUCAUAGAAUGAGGGUGGCACGGCUAUUACUGUGCUACGUACUUCUCGAAGACUACAGUACCAAUCUCGGCGGGGCUGCAAUUACUAGCGACGCCGCGCGCCAGGACGCCUCUGCGACGAAUCCUACGCUACCAGAUCUGCCGAGUUUUGUGCAGCCGAUCGGUAAUGUGACAGCGGCUAUUGGUAAAGAAGCCGUUCUACCGUGCACGAUCCGGAAACUAGGAAAUCACAAGGUGGGAUGGAUUCGUGUGGAGGAUAAAACGAUAUUGUCGAUGGGUCAACGAACGGUGACUCAUUCGCCCCGAUUCCUCGUCACGCUGGAGAACGCAAAGUCGAAGAAUCAAAGCCAAUCGAGAGACGAGGAGGAAGCCACUUCGCGGCUUCAUAUUCGCCAGCUUCGGGAAGCUGACCGAGGCUGCUACAUGUGCCAACUGAAUACGAAGCCCAUGUUGAGCCAGCUGGGAUGCGUGGAUGUCCUAGUGCCGCCGGAUAUACUUAGCACCGGCACAUCGGAGGGUGAGGUCUCCGUUCUAGAGGGUGAGAACGCCACCCUCUCGUGCAAGGCCUCCGGAAGACCGACACCUCGUGUGCUCUGGCGACGCGAGAAAAGUGGUUUCAUACUUAUGAGGGGUCUUCACGAUCCGCUGAUACCAGAUUUUAUAGUGGACAACCAGUCCGGUGAGAAGCUGGAAUUAACCAGGGUAGACAGGAGGCAAAUGGGAGCUUAUCUUUGUAUAGCCAAAAACGAAGUGCCACCGGCAGUCAGCAAGAGAGUCUAUCUGAGGGUAAACUUUCCACCUAGCGCCAAGGUUCCCAAUCAAUUAUUGAGUUCGCCUUUGGACACGGACGUAUCGUUGAUCUGUUUGAUCGAGGCAUAUCCAAAGACGAUUAACUUGUGGACUAGAAAGGAGCAAGUUAUCAUGAGCGGUGGUAGAUACGAGAUCGACGAAAGAGGACAUCCGGACGAGGAAUGGAAGACAACGAGCGAGCUGAAGAUAAGACGUUUAGAGAAAACGGAUUUAGGAGAGUACACGUGUUCAGCGUCCUCAAGCAUGGGGAAAGCCGAGGCUACCCUUAGGGUGUACGAAAUUGAACGAGCAACUCCACCCACCCGGACUACAUUGGCAAACUCGAACAAAUCGAGCAAUCGAGGGAAAUCAAAGUUCGCUCAGGUCACGACGAUAAAUCGAAUUUUUCAUCAGAUGAGCACACCGGCGAUGCAGAAGAGUACCGCGAGAAUCGUUUACAGCAAGCACAUGACGACCUCGACGACGGUGGAUCCACGAGCGCCUUUCAUCAAAGACAAGAACUUGUUUAAGAAUCGCGACACCCCGAACGUGAGAAAUUGUGCCAACGCGAAGAAACUCGGCGGCACGCGGAUUUACGCGGUCUGCUUGCUGUUCUUCCUAACCCUACGGUAAACGUUCGCAACGAACGUAUACGCGGCGAAAGCUCUGUUAACGGAUUGAGCGAGCGAAAAGCUACCGCAAGUUGUUCGCUCGCGGUUCACGCGUGAUGGCGCGCAAGGCAAGCGAACCAACGAAUAGGAAAUGUUGCGGCUAGACAAACACCGUGAUCUGAAUCUGACCACGAUACCUACGAACGAUAGAAAGAAGAAAUCGUGACUCCCAAGUAUUAAUCGAACGGAAGCAAGUUCUUAUUGCGUUUGAAACGAGCACGAAUUGCUAGUAAAUAGACGAUACAGCGAACAAAUCGAUGUCUCUCUUGUCGCGGACAAACACCGCGGUGAAUACUGUUGCGAAUUUUAAAAGAUAAAUGCUUACGAAUGUAUUUUUUAUGACCCUUUUAUCCGUUUUGGAAUGCGGGGAAAAGAGUAAAGUCGUGAGCGAAGUGUGUUCUUUAGUUGAACUAAAUGUAACAUUGUCGAGUAUUUUUUUAACAACGAACGAAGCAAAAGGUAUACAAGGUUUCCCAUUGGAAUUAUUAUUUCCGAUUUGUGGAGUUAUUAGGAGUAACGAUGUAAUUUUUAUAACGUUAGCGUCGAAAGCCUUACACAAGCAGGGUGUCUAUCUCAAGUGGGCCACCAGUGUCAUUCACGAGAUCAUCGUUCGACAAAAUACGACUAAAAAUUGAUACUUUCAAUCGAUUACCCACACUUCGAAAUUAUUUCAACAAUGGCAUUGGCGAUCCAAUUAAAAUGAACAUCCCUUAUGAUAUCUUUACGCCGUAAUAAUUAUUAUCAACGAUUAAUUGUAUCUCCACGUUCUGCGAGAUUCGCGGUUUGUCGCGAAUCACCGCUCCUUAAUCAACUAUUCGAUUAUACUCGAACACAGACAAAUAAUUAGCAUACUAAUUUGUACGUAAGGGGUAAUAAGAUAAUAUCUUUAUUUAUCGGUACGAUAACAGAGUGAACUGAGAUCGUAAGUGGCAUCUUAACGAACGUUAAACACGUCAUAUCUAAGAUUCAUAUCCGUAGGGCGUAUAGUACCGUACUAUAUAUUUUAGAAAGAUACUAGACCUUACUUUUCUUAUUUUACGUAUUUUUUUAAUUACCCGUAGGCAAGUAACGUACCUCAUAUGCCAACGAUUAAACAAGACCACAAUUAUAAAUAUAAUCGAUGUGGUUAACUGCGAGGAAUCAACUGGCGCGUUCAUCGAAUACAUUUCUGAACGUUCCACGUUAUCUAUCGGAUAACGAUUAUUCGUUGUAUUAUUUAGCGUCUCUUUGUUUUCUUUUCUUCUCUUUCCUUUAUUUUUCUUUUACGCAAAAGUGUAUAUAAACGAACAACGCAGUCUCUCUUUAGCGUAACGAUCGUUUGCGAUAAUAUCGAGGAAAUAUUUUUCUUUCAAGGAAUCGACAAUAAUCGUUCCUAAUGAGUUGUAUGUGCUUCGCAUCAUUCUUUUUAAUGUUCCUCGCAAAACCGCAAAUCAUAUGUUACUCUGUAAUUACAAUCUGUGUACGAAAUGGUGCGACUAGAAAGGCUCGAUGUUCUUUAGCACAUCAAAUUUUCAAACCGAGAGUGUCGGAGCUUUCUUCUGGUACUAUUGCUAUGUCAUGAAUGUCUUCUAUUACAGAGUACAAAUUUUAGUCACGAUGCGUGGUUUAUUGUCAUUGAAAUAGUAGCAUAUCCGCGAAAUAAACAGAACAACACACGUGUUAAAUAUAUCUAUUUAACAAAUAUUGUAUAUCGUAAAACACUGCUCAAUAUAACGACUCUACAAUAACUAUAAUAAAAGAAUGUUGUUGUUUAUAGAAAAAAAA